AUGCAAGCACCAUCGAUACUGUGUCUGCGGUCGUCAAGAUCAUUAGCAUGUUUUACAUCAUCUGCAUCUCGAAGAUUCUACGCGUCAACGCCUGAUCGCCGUCCUCCACCUCCGCGACCAACUUCAAACGUGCCUCCUCCAUCACGAAGCGUAGCGGACUCUCAGCCCGGCUACCUCAAGCGCAGCAAACAAGAUGACGACGAAGACUUCAUGCCAAAGCCGCUCAGUCGUCCCAUUGGCAUGCCAAAUCCUCCCAAACCAGGCGAAAACAUGGGCCUCGACAAUCGCUCGCUCGCACAACGAAGAGAUGACUUCGUCGAUUACGACAAGCAUCUGGAGCGAAGAUCAAAGAUGACGAAACAGAUCUCAAAACCUUAUUUUCGAGACUGGAGUAAUUUACGAUUCCACAAGGGCAAGAUUUUCAAGAGCAACGAAAGGCUGUUUCGCGGAGACGUGAGUUUGUGGUUCCCCAAUAUCUAUGGGAAGACGCUACGAAAGGAUGCGCGGAGGAAGGAGCUAGAGAGAGGAGAUGGCUACAAAGGCUUGGGAAGGAAUACAUGUGAUGUGAUGCACGGCAAAGUUUCGGUGGUCAGCAUCAUGUCGAGCGUGUGGGCACAGGCCCAGGUGGCUACAUUUUGCUCUCGGGAGAGAAAUCCAGAGUUACACGAAGCGUUGGAGCAGAACAAGGAUGUGGCGCAGAUGGUCUGGAUCAACCAUGAAACCAACUUCUUGAAAUGGUGGUUGCUGCAGAUGUUUCAGGGCAGCCUUCGGAAGGGAAAGAGCUUGCAAGAACAAGAAAGGUACUUCAUGGUACGAAGAGGCGUGAGCGAUGUCAUGAAGGAGGCUAUUGGGAUGCUGAACGACAAAGUCGGAUACGUGUAUCUGGUGGAUACAGAAUCUAGAAUACGGUGGGCUGGCAGCGCCGACGCGGAGCCAGGUGAGCGCGAGAGCCUGGUCAAGGGUCUAAAGCGCUUGGUGCAGGAAGCACGCACGCCCAAGAGCGAACGAGUCGAUUCGAAGCAGCAGUUGAUGGCCGCCGUCGACGAGAUCACGGAAGAGACCAAGGCUGCAGCCCCAGGCUAA